ACGGUGGUACCCCACUUUAUCGAACGUCGAGUCGUGGUAACCACUGUUCGUUGGUGCUCCCGUCUUAACCUUAUGGUGAAGUGACACCUCUUUUAAGUGCCAUUUGAUAUCAUCCCCUCUUGACAGGUUUUUUGGGGGUAAACGUCAAGGACGCUAGUGUCAAAGUGUGUUUUGGUUUUUGAUUUUGUGGGGGAAGGGAUUUGAGAGUUUUUUUUCCGUUAAUUCUGUUCCAACAAUAAUAAUCGAUUGUUUAGAACAUGAAUUUCACUCCAUUUGGCGUGCCCUUGUCGGCUGCCUUACCAGUGGCCACUCAAUUUUCAGCCGGAAAAAUAACCCAAAGUGUCACAACGCCCAAUGGACAAGUUGUCGGUGUUUUACAGGGCGGCGAAAAUGGUGUACAUUACAUUCGUCCUUUAGAUACUAAUGCCUUCACCACAGCAGCCUCUCAACCCAGUCAGGGAACUCAAAUAAUUACGUUACCUAUAACAAUGCCGGGGGCCAAACCAGGAGAUCCUCAACAGACUGUGCAGAUACAAGUAGUGAAUCCUCAACCGACUCCAGUGUCACAAGCAAGUCCGGCCAGUUCUCCCAAGUAUCAACUUUCUCAAAUACCUAUUCAGGCGUUUAGUCAAGGAGCGACAGUACUAACUGUAGCUUACAAUUCAAAUCAGGAAGGCAUUCAAAUUUUAGAUGGACAAAAUGGUGUACCAGAAGGUAUGACAGUGGUCGCAGCCCUCCAACCACAAGACAUUCAAUUAAUCCAUGCUCAAUCAGCAACAGAAUUAGAAAAAUCAGAUAAAGAUUCUUCGCCGAUAGCUCUCAUUAAAAACGAAAUGAAAGACGACGAAUCGGUAGCGUCAAUAUCUGUACCCGCCCAUUAUUUACAAACGACAAACAUACAUGAAUACAUUCAAAAAAUGCAGAAUUCUACAUUGCCUUUGAGUCUACAGCAAUUCCUGAAGUUUAAUACAACGGAUAUAAAGAGAGAAGUCAUAUCCGAAGAUGGUAUGAUUGAGGCUGUCAGCAUUGCUGCUCCAGAUGGUAAUGGACAUCUUAUUAUGCAAGAUGUAGCCGAGAUGGAGAAUGAGGUAGAUGAUCCGAAUGACAAAGGAAAGAAAAAGAAGAAGUACAAGAAAAAGCCGCCAAAACCUAAGAAGCCUAAACCAGGUCAGGUACAUAUAGCCACGGCACUCGACGGUACCACUCUCUUUUGUUGUCCGGAAUGUCAUAUGGCCUAUCCUGAAAAAGAACUGCUCGAGCAACAUUUGGUAGGUCACAAGAUCGAACGGCGAUUCAUUUGUGACAUUUGCGGAGCCGGUUUAAAACGAAAAGAACAUUUGGAACGUCACAAAUUAGGGCACAAUCCUGAACGUCCUUUCGUAUGUUCGGUGUGUAUGAAAGGAUUCAAAAGAAAAGAACAUCUUAAUUUACAUUUUGUUAUUCAUUCUGGCGAGAAGACGGAAAUUUGUGGAGAAUGUGGAAAAGGAUUCUAUAGAAAAGAUCAUUUGAGGAAACAUGCUCGAUCUCAUAUAACGAGAAGGGCUAAGGAACAAGCCGAACAGGCAGAACGAGCUCAGGGAUUACUAUCUAAAGAUCCCCAAGUCAAUUCCAAUACAAGUACGGCACAAGUUACCAUAAGUGUUGGAGGGGUUCCAAAUUCCCAAAUUCAAAUACCAGUACAAAUCCAAGUACCGCAACAUCUUCAAGUUUCUGGUUCGGGCGAAGAAGAAAAUGAAGGAGUUGUAAAUAAUGUCAUUUUGCCAGCUUCGUCAGAUGGUAUAUCCAUAUUACCUAAUUGAAUUAGGUAAUCGGAAGGUUUUAGUUAUAAGUCUUAGUAGAUAAACUUUGUCCAAACUUUUUUGAUAUUUUGAUACAGUGUAUAUAUUCAUAUUGAAAAUCAUUCAAAAAUACCUAUGGCUUAUGUUAAAAAAUUUUGUUAUCUGAAAAAAUAUAUAAGAAACGAAUUUUAUUGAGAUGUAUCUCUUACCCGAUGACUGGUCUAUAACAUUUUGAAAGAUUUAAUGAUAAAGUAUUCGAUUUCUUUACAAAUUUCGUUAAUUUUUUGUAGAACUCAGUCUUAAAUUUGUAUAUAUUGUUAAUUUUAUUUAUUAAUUGCCCUAAAAAAUGACAAGAUAUUUUAAACUUGAGAACUUGUUUACAAUUACGUUCAAAAUCAACAGUAUUAGACAGGUCGUCUCGAUACUUAUAUUUUUGAUAGUUCUAAGCUUCCAAUUAAGCAAUUAGGAUUUAUAUAAGAAAAUUUGGAGUAGUAACAUUUUUUUUAUUAAUCUAGGACACUCAAUAAUUUUAUUUUCCAUAGAAUUGUGCAAUAAUCUCUGAAAAAAUUCUUUCUGUGUAAAGGAUUUUUCAAGUUUACUAAAUCUGUCAUCUUCUAAAUGUACUUUAUAGUAAAAGUAGUUUAAACGAAUUGUUGAAUAAGUUUUACUGAAUAUUUAUUUAGGUUCUACUCUCUAGAUACAACAUUAUCUAGUAUAAAUAAGAAAAAUCACUAUAUUUUUAGAUAUGAAUAUUGUUUUUCACUUACUUACUAUUUUAUAUUAUAAAAAAAUCGUUUUUAUUGUAAAUUCAUUUCUCGGUCAUAUUUAUGAUAUAUUUUCAAUACUUAUGUCAUUAUUGUCAAUAAUCUUUUGACAAAACACCUCUCAUUUAACUAUACAGUAGUUUCUCUUCAUAACAAUACUGAAGGGACCUGAAGAUCGCAUCCUUAUAAACAAAGAGUAUGCACAAAACCGAUUUUUAAGAUGCUGUACAGCUCAUGCAGAUGUUUUUAAAAGAGAAGUACAGAAAUUAUUAAUUAAUUAUAUUAUAUAUCAAUUAGUUAAUGAAAGAAUCUGUCAACGUAGAUUGUCGUUUCUUCAUCUUUCCUUAAUCUUGGAACCGGGAAACAUUUUCUCUAGCCACUUCAUGGUGGGUGAAGAAUUUGUGGAAGAUUUUAGCUGCCUCCAAGACCUGUUGAGUAGUUCGCACUGUUCUGUCUCUGGAUCAAAUUUCUCUGGUCACUAUGUUCAUCUUUAUUUACACAGACAGCAUUGAGGAUGUCUUCAUCUGAAACUUCAGCUAACAACUACUUUAUAAACUGUUUCAUAAUAAUGUUCAUAAACACUGGAAAACUCUGAAUGUCAAGCCCAAACCACUAAAGGCAAGUCACCAUCGUUAUUUUCUCUUGCUGCUUGGCCCUCCAGUCAUCCUACAUGCUUAAACGAAUGCCUUAUCGUCUUCUGUUACUUCUUUCCAUGUUGUGCUGAUCAUUUGUACUGUGUCUAAUAUAGUGGCCUUAAAAUUUCCAUUCGUUUGUACUAAUUCCAUAAAAAACCUUCUUCUCUAGUUUGAUUGAUGUGAACAGUCAGACAGCAUACGGUGAACUGAACUUAUUAUAUUUAUAACAAAAGUACCAAAUCUUGAACCGAAAAUUUCGUUGUAGAUAGUAAGCGAUAUCGUUAUUUAGAGAUAAUAAAUACUUUGGCCUCAAGGCAAACCAAACAAACUUAUACAAAUCUAUCAUUAAAGAAGAAUUAUCGUUUUAAAGAGAGACUACUGUACUUAACUCAGUUAUAUCAGGCUCAAUUUUUUCCGAAAACAUCUGUGGACCAAUAGGAAUAUUACCCCCUAAGAGAGUGUGGUGUAUUAAAGGUAGUUUUGUGACCUACCUUUAGUAUAUUGUUUUAUUUUCAAUUAAUAAAAAUAUUGCUAACGCGUGUCUCGUUGUGAAAAUCGUUCCAACAGUGAUAGCAACUGGGCAUUUUUUUAAAACAUACUGUUUACAUUUAUCCCAUGUUUUCUGCAUGAAUGUCUUCGAGACUCGAAAAUUAUAACAAAAUAAAAUCAAAUUAACUCUAAAUGACCCUUGAACCUAUUUGUCCACAUCGAAUGAAGUAGUUUGGAUAGCCUAAGGCCUAAUACACAUGGAUCAACUCAAAAGAAACUCAUUUCUGAGACAAAUUAUUUACCAGUAACAACCCUAUUUAAAUGGGAAACUAGUUGGCAACCGAUUUAAAGAAACUCAAUCUAUUUAUACGCUAGCAUCUUGAAUCAUACGCCUCUCAAAGGUUCCAAUGGACGAAGGUUAUUUUGUUUUCAAUUUGUUCACAAGUUAUUAACGCGUUCUAGUGAAAUUACUACCUCCAUUUUAUUUAUUUACUAUAGUUUAUGGUUCUUGGGAGCUAUAUUUGUUAUUUCUUUUAUAUAAAAAGCAAGCACAAGAGGGUAAAUCUUUUUACACUCGCUUGUGGAUAUUGAUCUUGAACUUCUGUAUGUUAUAGUAUUCCGGAAAGGCGUGCAAUUGUCCAAAGAAAUGAAUCACGAUAAA